AUGUCGCCAAAAUCAUUAGAUUUUCAGUGUGCUCUCGUCACAGGCGGUGCUGGAGGAAUCGGACGAGCAAUUGCCGAGUACUUCAUCUCCCAGGGCAAGAAGGUCAUCAUCGUAGGCCGAACCGAAUCCAAGUUGCAGUCGACUUGCAAGGAAAUUGGCGCAGACUAUUAUGUACUGGAUACUGGAGACAUUAAAGCUAUCCCGGAUUUCAUCCAGAAGAUCACUAAGGACCACCCGGAGCUCGACUGUCUUGUCAACAACGCCGGAGUUCAGAGGCCUCUCAAUGUCAAUGACAUGUCAGCCGAGCAGUUCCUCGAGAAAGGCGACAAUGAGAUCAACAUCAACGUUCGUGGGCCUAUGCACCUUGCUGUAGGCUUCCUGCCUCACUUCAAAUCGAAGAAGUCAGCCGUCAUCAUGAACGUCUCGUCAGUACUUGGAUUUAUCCCGUUCAGCAUCAUCAACCCGGUAUACAACGGUACCAAAGCAUUCGUGCACUUCAACACGAUGAACUUGAGAUCCCAGCUGGAGCAGGUCGGAUCCUCAAUCAGGGUCAUCGAAAUAGCACCACCCUCUGUCGGCACCGACUUGCACAGAGAGAGAGAGGACCCAGACGAUAACAAAAAGGAGAAGAACGCUAGUGCUCUAUCUGUUGAAGAGUUCAUGGAGGAGGUGAAGAGGGGAUGGCAGGAGGAUCGCGAGUGCAUCGGCGCCGGGAUGAGCCAGAAAGUGAUAGACAGAUGGUACAACGAGUUCGGGCCGGAUUACAAGAAAGCCGAAGGCAAGGCAUGA